AUGUCCGCCCGCACCCCCCUCCAAGCCCGCUCCAUCUACCGCUCCCUCCUCCGCGAAUUCCCCCAGCGGCCACUCUCUUCUCCCUCCCCGCUCCAGAAGCGGAUUCGCACCUACCUAUCGAAUCCCGACGGACCGCCUUCCCACACCGCCCAAACACGUCUCGAGGAGGCGGAGCAAUUCGCCCAGUAUCUGCGGGCCCAGCGGCAGUACACGACGCUGCUGGAGCGGUAUAACCCCGGCGCCGACAUGGAUGAGCAGGAACGGGUGCGGUUGACGGCUAGACGGGUGGGAAUGAAUUUGCCGGUGGAGAUGAAGGAUGGGAAGGGGUCGUGA